AUGGAGGACCUAAUGUAUAUAUUGGCUUUAGGCGAAGAAUGCAGAUAUAGCGUACAAUUCAUUCAAAAUAGUGUACCGAAAUCCAGGGUAUUUUUAAAUGAGAUCUUAUGGGAACUCGAUGAAAACCGAUUCAAGAAGAUCACACGUGUUACUUGGAAAACUUUCGAUGCUAUUUUGGAUCUAAUAAAGGGAGACAAUCUUUUCAACAAAAUUCGGUCGGGCAAACAAUUUCCAAUUAAAACGCAACUGGCAAUUGUGUUGUAUCGCUUGGGUUCUAGCGGUGAAGGAGCUACUCUUUCGAAGAUUGCAGGUUUAUUUGGAAUCAGUGAUGGUGGUAUCAUUCAGAAUUUAACUGAACGCAUAUUUAAUGCGCUGUUGAAUUAUAAGGACCAGUAUUUAUUUUGGCCAAAUACGGAAGAACGCAAAGAGCUCGUUUUAGAAACUUCGAGUGAGUUACCUAACUGCAUAGGAUACGUUGAUGGUACCGAAAUUCCAUUGGCGGAAAAGCCGUCACAAGACCCAGAAGCGUACUUUUCACGAAAACAUAUUAACUCCGUUAAGGCACAAGCCGUGUGCGAUCAUAGAUUACAAAUAAGGCACCUGGUGUUAGACUUUCCAGACGAUUAUUUCGAUUACCAACCUGAGGAAUCGGAGCACAGUAUUGACGAGUCGUUAUGGGAGCCAAAUGUUCGUACCAAUGAAGGGGAGAUAAGGCGACGAUAA